AGUAACACAUAGAGUGCACCGCUAAACUGAAGUGAGGCUGUUAUUGAGGGAGAGGCACUCCGCAGGACGCAGCCUCAGGUGACAAGGACACUCUUCUUAGGAUCUCGUGAGGUUAUUUGCCUUGAAGUUGAAUCAAAUCAUUGCGUAUUGAGGGCCUCACAUUUGAAGGUUUGCCAAGGGCCUCUCAAAAUAUUUGGAAACUCAGGGCCGGCCUUGAGAGGAGUGUAGAGAUGGUGUUGGAGAGAGACAUAGACGAUCUGCCAAAGAACCCAGCAAACUACGAAGCACUGACACCACUUGGGUUCUUGGAGAGAGCAGCUUUGGUGCAUCCCCACCGUAAAUCUGUGGUCCAUGGGUCUCUGCACUACACAUGGCUCCAGACUUACCAGCGAUGCCGUCGAUUGGCCUCCGCUCUCUCCAACCGCUCCAUCGGCAUCGGUUCCACGGUGGCCGUAAUUGCACCAAAUAUCCCAGCUAUGUAUGAAGCUCAUUUUGGAGUUCCAAUGGCUGGAGCUGUCAUAAAUCCUGUCAAUAUUCGUUUGAAUGGAUCAACAAUUGCUUUUCUUCUAGGGCAUUCGUCAUCUGCAGUUGUAAUGGUGGACCAAGAAUUCUUUCCCUUGGCAGAGGAGGCUUUGAAAAUUUGGGCAGACAAAAGCAGAAGUGAUUUUAAGCCUCCACUUCUGAUUGUCAUAGCUGAUGAAAGCUGUGAUCCAGAGACAUUGAAAUAUGCUUUAGGAAAAGGAGCAAUAGAAUACGAGAAGUUCCUGGAAAUGGGUGACCCUGAAUUUCCUUGGAAACCGCCACAGGAUGAGUGGCAGAGCAUUGCUUUGGGAUACACUUCUGGAACAACAGCUAGUCCAAAGGGUGUGGUGUUGCACCAUCGAGGGGCACAUCUCAUGUCUUUGAGUAAUGUUGUAUUAUGGGAGAUGAACGAGGGAGCUAUAUACCUGUGGACAUUACCCAUGUUUCAUUGCAAUGGUUGGUGUUUCAUUUGGACACUUGCUGCUCUUUGUGGGACAAAUAUAUGCCUUCGACAGGUAACUGCUAAGGCAGUUUAUUCAUCCAUAGCAAAGCAUGGUGUGACACAUUUUUGCGCUGCACCUGUUGUACUCAACAACGUAGUAAAUGCUCCACAACAUGAGACCAUACUGCCCCUCCCCCAUGUUGUCCGCGUAAUGACAGCUGGUGCUGCGCCACCCCCUUCUGUUCUCUUUGGAAUGAGCAAACUUGGCUUCCAUGUUACCCACACUUAUGGCCUCUCGGAAACGUAUGGCCCUUCCACUGUAUGUGCCUGGAAGCCUGAAUGGGAUACGCUGCCUCCUGAAACUCAAGCUCGUCUUAAUGCACGCCAAGGUGUUCGGUACAUCGCCUUGGAGGGGCUGGAUGUCGUCAGCACCAAAGACAUGAAGCCUGUUCCUGCUGAUGGAACUACCAUUGGGGAGAUUGUGAUGCGGGGCAAUGCUGUGAUGAAAGGCUAUUUGAAGAAUCCUAAAGCCAAUGAAGAGGCCUUCGCAAAUGGCUGGUUUCAUUCUGGUGAUCUCGGUGUGAAGCAUCCUGAUGGGUAUAUAGAACUCAAAGAUAGGUCAAAGGAUAUUAUAAUCUCUGGAGGUGAAAACAUCAGUAGUGUGGAGAUCGAGAAUACUAUGUACUUGCACCCAGCAAUUCUGGAGGCAUCUGUGGUGGCAAGGCCGGAUGAGCAGUGGGGAGAGUCACCUUGUGCUUUUGUGACAUUGAAGCCCGGGGUUGACAAGUCUGAUGAACAUCGGUUGGCAGAAGAUAUAAUGAAGUUCUGCCGGUCAAAGAUGCCUGCAUAUUGGGUUCCAAAAUCUGUAGUGUUUGGACCACUGCCAAAAACUGCUACAGGGAAGAUACAAAAGCAUCUGCUGAGGACCAAGGCAAAGAAGAUGGGACCAGUUAAGAAGAGUAGGUUAUAAUCUUGAGAUGGUACAGGGCAAAAUAAAAUGGGGCAUACAUGUGGUGCUUAUUUUCUGCUUCCUUUUUUUGUUCUUCUUUAGUUUCAAAACCUUACUAUUUUGUAUAAAACAUUUGCUUAUGGGUUAAUUUACAAACUUCUCUGCAUAUCAAAGAAGCUUUUAUCAUAGUAA